AAUUUAUUAUUCUUUAAUUCGGCCUUCUCCCCAGUCCCACCCAACCUCAACAUCAUCCUCCCACCUACGAGUCCUGCAAAGUCGCGCAUCCUCUCUACCCGCCUCUCCUCGUCGCUCGCACUCCCCUCCCGUAAUCUCUCUUCGGCUUUCCUAUUUCGCUCUCCGAGCGUACACGUCUAUGAGACCCGGACUCUCGUCGCUCUCGUCGCUGCCCUCGCUCUCUGCUGCGGCACCGCAUCGGAGCCGGUAGCAGCCAGACCUGGCCCAUCGCCAUCGACCGAACGCGCGCCGCCCAUCGUCAGCCGUCCACGCACGUCUUCAGGCUGGCGCUCGCACACCCUCGCGUCCUGAAAUACUCGCGACUCAAAGAGACCGGCGACCAGACCUGUCGCGGCAGCGGCGGAUAGCCACUGCUCCAUCACACCCCCCCAAGCCGGCAAGAUGAACGGUAGUCAUCUGCCGGCUGGGCAGCCCAUGCCAGGAGGUGUCGGCGGAGGAGCUGCGGCACGAGGUCAAGUCGAUAUGGGGUCGGGACCGGGACUGGGUGGUGGCCGACGACGGCCGGCUCCCCAGUAUCCCACCCACCCCCAGUAUCACCCCCAGCAGCACAUCAACUCCAUGUACCACAACAACUACAUGAAUCCCUACGCCGCCAACUAUUAUUCCCAGGUGCCGCACCACUAUCCCAGCGGUGCUAUAGCUAAUGCGCCGUACAUGGCAUACAACCAUUAUCCUCAGCGAUCCCCUCCCAUCCACCAACAAUAUCCUCCCAUCGUGUCAUCCAGCAUGCAGCCGCAACCCCUUCAGCCUUACUCUCGCCCGCCUCCGCCUCCGCCUCCGCCGCAACAGCCCUCUCCUGCUCUGUCGACCCCCCCUCCUCCCUACGCCCCCGUCACACUGCCCCCGCCUGUCCCCGUCCCCGAGACUCCGUCCUCGACACAUUCUUCGCAAACUGUCCCACCACCCUUGACGCCUCCGACGCCGCAGAGCCAGGGAGUUGCUUCUACUCCCGCCGCUAUCGAGGUGAUACCAGUCCGCAAUUCGCCGUUCAAGCCCCCUUUGCCUUGGUUGUCGCGACCCGACGAAUCCUUCCCAAAGAGAUCCAGGUUUAAGAGGAGGAGACGGAUACCAGCCUCUGCCGCGGAAUCGGUCGAGCUUCCCACGAACCCGGCGAAAGGUGUCGAUGCCAGCGCCGAAACCCUCGAGAGAGCUUCGGGAGAAACCACCCCCCCCGAAACGCCCACCCCCAAGUCUGCUGCCGCUGCCGCUGCCGCUGCUACUACGGAUCCAGGUGCUAGUUCCGUGGAGCUGUCCGUCCACUCCGAAUCUUCGUCAACACAGGAUGUACCCUCGGAAAAUGCGCAGUCAACCUCGCCUUCUACCCCUCAGUCGGUCCAAGCAAAUCAAUCCACCACCGCUGCAUCGGCUACUCCCACCAAGCCUACCAAGCCUGCGUCACGUGCGGCGGUCCCGGCAGUCCCGAUUGUACCGGUGAUCCCUAAAGCAGGCCCCAAAGAUGGCAAAGUCGCGCCCGGUGCCGAGAACAAGCCGUCACAACAAAGUCAGGCAACACAGCAGGCGGCCGCGGAUGUGUCCGCAGAAGCUGCCGACACCCCUAGCGAUUCCUCCCAGGCUGAAACGAAGCCCGAGCCAGCUCCCGCCCCGGCCAAGGUUGGCCCAAAGCUCUGGACCGGCUUGUUUGCGCGCGCGGCAUCUGCCGACUCCGCUCAAGGCGGUACCGCUACCUCAGACCCCACCAGUACCGGCGCUGUUCCGAGUGUUACUACCUCCGAAGAUGCCGCCCCGACUAGCGGAGGUGCAGGUACAGGUGGUUUUUCGAAGUCAAACGCCAGCUCGCUGGCCGAGGCUCUGCGAGCCUAUUGUGUCGACGGCGGCCAGAAGAUUUCCUUUCUAGAGCCUAGGGGACUAAUCAACCCUGGGAACAUGUGUUAUAUGAAUUCAGUUUUGCAAGUCCUCAUUUUCUGCAUUCCCUUUUAUGACUUCCUGGAUCAAGUGGGCAAAAAGGCGGCGCAUAGUUUUAAAAGCGAAACUCCUCUAAUCGACGCAAUGAUUAUGUUUAUGCGGGAGUACAAGGUAAUCGACUCCGCGGUGUCUGCGGAGCAGCUUCGACGAAGGCUCAAAAGCGAGGAGCUCGAGCAAUACGGUGAACCCUUCACCCCGGAGUUUGUUUAUGAUGCUAUUAGAAAGCUUCCAAGAUUUGCCGGCAUGAGGGCCGGACACCAGCAAGAUGCCGAAGAGUUUCUCGGUUUUGUUUUAGAGGCGCUUCACGACGAAUGCGCCAAGGUCAUGCGUCGCGUCGCGGAUUCGUCGGCAACUGCCAGCGUCGGCAACUCCUCCGCUGCUACUCCUUCGGCGGUGUCUCCUACGAGCACCCAGGAUGCUAGCGAUUGGCUGGAAGUGGGACGCCGCCAGCGCGCUGCCGUCACCCGGUCCUCCGGACACCCGGUCACGUCAUCCCCCAUCACCAAGAUAUUCGGCGGACAGUUGCGGUCCGAGCUCAGGGUCCAGGGGCUGCAAGACUCCGUGACGCUGGAGCCUUUCCAGCCGCUGCAGUUAGACAUCGGCUCCCAUCAGGUUCACAACAUUGUCGACGCCCUCAAAGGGUUGACCCGGCCCGAGACCCUUCACGGCGAUUUCGGAUCGCCGAGGGGUAAGGACGCCGUAGCCACCAAGCAGGUGCUCAUCGAGUCCCUGCCACCGGUUCUAAUCCUCCACCUCAAGCGCUUCGACUUCGACACCGAGGGCACCGGGACUGUCAAAAUCUGGAAGAAGGUCGGCUACCCACUCGAACUAGAAUUACCGAAGGAGAUCUUCUCUCGACAAAAAAGAAACGCCCUCACCGCCGAGGGCGCGGGCUUCCCUAAAUACAGAUUGAUUGCCGCCGUCUAUCACCACGGAAAGAAUGCGAGUGGCGGCCACUACACCGUCGAUCUCAGGCGUCAAGAUGGCCUUGAAUGGAUCCGCUUGGAUGACACGGUCAUCCGGCGAGUCCGAAGCGAAGAUGUAGCUGAAGGCGGUUUCGAAGAACCGAACCCAACGUCGACGGGCCGUACCGAUAAGAAGGACGGCGCGGCGGGAACUUUGGGCAAUAGAUACGAAGGAAUCGGCGACGACGAAGCCGCCGACGACGAGGGAUGGAAUAAGGUCAGCGCCCCAGUCAACGGAGCCAAGAAAUGGAGCUCCGUGGUCAACGGCGCCUCGAGUAAGACGGCGCCAGUGAAGGGAAAGCAGGCGAAGGACAAUAUCAAAGACAACAAGGUCGCUUACCUGUUAUUCUACCAGAAAGUCUAGGAUCAUUUCACUGCGCCAGAUGGACCGUCCCGCUGAACAUUACGACCGUCGGUCACUGGCGUGAAGGAUGGCAUGUACGUUUGGAUGGAGGAUUGGUACGCGUGCUGGUGGCAAAAAGCUGUUGGUACGACACGGUAGGGAAGAGACGUCGAAAACUAUAUGGCGCACGACGGAGAGGAGGCAAUUUGGGGAUAAGGAGGGGAGAAAUAAGGAGGGGGGGGGGAAGGGAGGGCGGCGCCGUGAUGGCUGUCCACUCUCACCAGUGACUUGGUGUUGUUUCCGCGGGGCGGAUUAAACCCGCCGACGACGUCGACAGAGGAGGUUCGCAUGCAUAUAUCCUAUCCCAGAGAGAGAACGAGCUGAGGUGUGACAUCCCUCAGAUCAUCAUCAUAUCCCUCAAUUACGCGCCACCAACCCGAUCACCUUGGUUCCCCCCCCUGCCUGCCGUCCCACCCCUUACUCAUAUUCGAUAGUGGAGAUUUGCCUUAACCAUACCCUCUGUAGAGCAAAAAGGAAGAGAAAAGUUAUAAUCACGAGCCUAAUAGAUACGGUUUCAUCUACGAAGCGUU